UUAAAAGAAGAAGAGAUUGUUUCAAGAAGAAAUUGGUUACACACAGUGACACACACACACACACGCACGCGCACACAUCUUUACGUCCAUUAAGUUUAUUUAUGUGUCUGUUUUGUAGACUAUAACUUUCAGUUAAAAUGAAACUACUGCAGUAAAAUGUUCUUGCAUGCCUGUUCCUGGAGAUCUGUACAUUGGACACUGAUAUUUUAUAAGGAUGUGUCACGUGUUUGUAAAGUACGUUAAACGUGAUCGACAGUUACAGGUUCUGCCCGACGUGAGAGGAUCGUUUAUUGGAGAAAAAACAAAAAGGUUAAUAGAGGAACACGAUUAAAAAAAAAUUAAAAAUGCACAUUGUGAUCCGCCGAUACCAGUCCUCGGACCGGAAGGAUGUUGAAACGCUUUUCCGUGAUGCAUUAGAGGAGCACAUCAAUCCUGCAUUCAUCUACGCCAUGACCCAACCUCUACACAUCACUUUAAGUCUCAUCGUUUACAUUGGUACUUAUGUAAUGAGUGGAGAAUCUGUUGUACUGGCCUUACUGGUUGGAGGAUUCUGGGUUGGCCUGGUUUAUUUCUGCUGCCAUGAGUUCUACUCUGGCUACGUCCGGGCGAGGCUGCGCACAGACAUGCAAGACAUUCUGAGUUAUUAUCUCCAUAAUCUAGACAACUGCUUUUGGGUUGCAGAAGCUGAGAUGGACGGCAGGCCUCGGAUUUUGGGUAUGGUGGCUGUGGAAGCCAAAAAUGACCCUGGAAGUGAUGGGAAAAAGUAUGGAGAGCUUUUCCGAAUGAUUGUUUCGUCCACCUGUCGCCGAACUGGUCUCGGUUUACGGUUGGCUGAAACUGUCGAAGACUUCUGCAAGGAACGUGGCUGCACAAAGAUUGUGCUUUCGACCACUUCUACUCAGAGAGCAGCCGUGGCGUUGUACUUUAAGUUGGGUUUUAAACUUGUCCUAGUUCAUACUCAAUCUGAGUCCCUUUCGUGGCUAGUCUGGAUGACCCGAGUCACAAUUCUGACCAUGGAGAAAGACAUUUGAACAUUAACUGGUGGUUAUUACUAUUUUCAACUGUUUAAAUAGUAACUUCAUUGAAACUAUGAAUUAACACAAAUAGAAGUAUACAUUUAUGUAGUGACCAAAACAUUUAAAAAAAAAUUGGUUUCCCAUUAGACAUAGUACGUUUUUGAAUUGAUAGUUUAUCAGCGUGGCUAUAUAAUGGAUAUAAUGGUUUAUUGCAAGCCAGCGAAAUUAGAUGGUGUACAUUGUUUUAGAUCUACUGACAAACAUCUUUUUUAUUACUGUUUUUGUUUUCUUUCAUUAUCAUAGUUGCAUAUGGAACUUUUUUACAGUCUUUUCAUCUAAUUGGUUACAGCUUUUAUAAUGCUAUUAUAUCACACACAUGCAAUUGAAAUUUGAUUAAAGAUUUUUCA